UUCAAAGGCACAAGGAGAGGGGAGGAAUCUCCACGAGAGAAUGGCAGGCAUCAAAGUCCAAGGAUGGGCUCUUGGCCGACCCCAAAGUCAGCCCAAUUAUCUGCGAUCUCAGUCCAUAGCAUGGUGCUUGAUGUGAAUGGUUUGUACUCUAAAGAUCCUCAGGGGCCUUUCUACUAUUGUGGCGGAUAUAAUCCUGCUGCCUUGGCAGCUCUGGUUCUGUCUGUGGUGUCUUCAGUUCCUGGAUUUCUUCACAAAGUUGGAAUCCUUGUAGAUACCUUUGAAGCGUUCAUUGUGAUCUAUGAUAAUGGAUUUUCUUUGAGCUAUAUUUUGCGUGGGAGUUUAGUAAGAGUGUUUGAAUCUUUAGAUUUUAAAGAUUCCACAUUUUGUUCUUCUCACAAUGCCAAAAUCCUCAGAUCAUCAAUAUGCAUGGUAUCAAGAUGUCUGAGGGUCAAAUCUGAGGUUCAUUGGCAAAUUCAACUUAGCUGCUGGUAAAUCAAGAUGAAUGUUGUAAUGACGUAGUAAGGA